AUGCUCUGCUGUCUUGGAGGCGGAUAUGCUCAUGUGGUGCUGGGCAACGGGGAGAGCAAAGACAAAGCGCUCGCGCUGAACGGGAGCAAGGUUGGCAAGAAGGGCCGCUAUCUCAAGAUCGAGCCUGCCAAGCAGCCGGGUGAAGGCAAGUCCGCUCCUGCGGCAGAGGACUUGGAAGGAAAGCGCCGACUCUUUGUGAAGAACUUGCCCUACAGCGCGACAGAAGACGACAUUGCAAAGCUCUUCGUAAAGUGUGGCAAGGUGGUUGAGAUCAGAAUCCCACACCAAGCCGGAAGGUCGAAGGGCUUUGCCUACGUCGAAUUCGCGAAAGCCAAGGGACUUCAAGCCGCAAUGCUUCUGGACCCUGCCCCAUCGUUGCAAGGACGUAAGCUAUGGCUCGAUGCAGAUUCGGGAAGUGGGCCAAAGGCAGGUUUCCACCAUCGCCCGGAGGCAUUCCAGUCAAAGUUUGGCCCAGCGAAGCCUUCUGGAAAGACGAAGCAGGGUCCAGCUAAAGAUGGGCCCAAGGGCGCAUCGAAGAAAUUGUCAUUAUUCUAG